GCUAAGGGCAUGGCGCCCAAGAAGGGUCCCAAGAAAGCGGCAACCAAGAAACGCGUCAAAGGCGAGAAAAAGCGCAGGAAGAGCCGGAAAGAGAGCUACAGCAUUUAUAUCUACAAGGUACUGAAGCAGGUCCACCCUGACACCGGCAUUUCGUCUUCCGCUAUGAGUGUCGUCAAUUCGUUUGUCAACGACAUUUUCGAGCGAAUCGCCUGCGAGGCUUCCCGCCUCAUCCGCUACAGUAAGCGGCAGACUAUCUCCUCCCGAGAGAUACAGACCACAGUCCGCCUGCUGCUCCCCGGUGAGCUGGCCAAACACGCUGUCUCCGAGGGUACCAAAGCGGUCACCAAGUACACCAGUUGCAAAUGA